GUUAAUGCUUGAAUACACGAUCUACGGCGAAAGUCUGUCUGCUCGAUCGCAUGAAAUUCGUCUAGAUAGAUUACGUUAUCAUCAUCAUCAUCAUCAUCAUUAUCAUCAUCAUCAUCAUCAUCAUCAUCAUCAUCAUCAUCAUCAUCAUCGUCGUUAUUAUUAUUAUUAUCAUCGUCAUCGUCAUCGUAAUCGUCAUUGUCAUCAGUCGGUGCUUUCCUUUUACUUAUCGAUUAAGACGACUACGACGACUACGAAGAGUAUGUUGGAAAAGAAGAAGAAAAAGAGAAAGAGAGAGAGAGAAAGAGAAAGAGAGAGAGAAAGAGAGAGAGAGAGAGAGAGAGAGAGAGAGAAAGAGAAAGAUAGAAGAAACGGAAGGAGUAGUCGAUGUGUUUGAGAAGAGGCCGGGCCAAUCCCAGCUUUCGGUUGUUAUCGUGAGUUCUCCGGCUGAGUUCAUCCGGGGAUGCGAACGCGAUCGUUCUUUAGUCACUCGCUACGUAUCGUCGCGUGUUAACUCAAUCUCAUUCGCGAUUCACGUCUCCCUUCAUCACGUUUCUCUCGUCAUUACGCGCGUAACGAUAUACCAUUCAUUUCGACAGCCAUUUCUUUUCUCUUUCUUUCUCUCUCUCUCGUUUUCCUUUUCCGCUCUUUUUCUCCCUCUUUUUUCUUUUUUCCUUCUUAAACCUUCCUUCUUUUCAUUUUCCUUUUAUUUCGCUUCAUUUUAAUUUUUUUUUCUUUCCUUUUUUUUUUUUUUUUUUUUUUUUUUUUAUUCUUCGGGUGAUCUCGAUAACGCAGCUGAAGAGAGGGUGAGAUUUCGUCGAGGGUGAGCCUUUUUUUUUCGAGGAACAACAGAUAACCGAAAACGAAAAUGUCAUCGAAGGAGAGUAAGAUGGACGAGCUGAUCUCAAAAACGCUAGAACAAAAUGGACGAAACAUUAAAAAAGAAGAAAUGCAGCUCGAGGAUAUUAAUGACAAUAAUAACGAGAGUAUCGAGGUCGAAAUGGUGGUACCACCGGACGGUGGAUGGGGCUGGGUGAUCGUUGCAGCAUCCUUUCUCUGCAAUCUAUUCGUAGACGGUAUUAUUUUCAGUUUCGGAGUUUUCCUCAACGACAUCACGGAGGCAUUCAAUGUGUCGCAUGCUAGCGUAGCAUUGGUUGGUUCCCUUCAAACAGGAUUCUAUUUAAUGGCCGGGCCAUUCGUAUCAGCUUUAGCGAACAGAUAUGGUUUUAGACUGGUAGCAAUACUUGGUAGCAUACUUAGCUGCCUAGCCUUCGUCCUUUCGUACUUUAGUGCGUCCAUAGAGUUUCUUUAUGUUUCCUACGGUGUCCUCGGUGGUAUUGGAGUUGGUUUGAUAUACGUUCCCGCCGUUAUAACAACUGGCUUUUACUUCGAAAGAUGGCGAGCUUUGGCAACCGGUAUCGCAGUGUGCGGCUCCGGAAUCGGCGCCUUUUUGUUAGCUCCGAUUUCGGAUUUACUUAUAAAGUCCUACGGUUGGCGAGGUGCCCUCCUUUUUCAAGCAGGAAUGCUGUUGAAUUGCGCCAUAUUCGGUGCGAUGUUUCGACCAUUGAAACCAACGCGUAUCAAGAUAAAACCAACUCAGGAGAAUGCUGUUAUCGAGGCAAAAACAACGUUAAUCGGUAAAGGUGUUUCGACGACCUCAUUACAUUGUGUUCAACCAAACAGAAAUGGAUUUUUUGGUACCAACAACAACACCGAGUAUCCAACAGCGGCACAGCUUAUUGGCAGCAGUCCAAAUAUAGUAAAUACGUCGAAGUCAUUGCAUUCGCUUCAUAAGAUACACGUGGAGCCGAGAAAUUUAGAAAGAAAGUUGAAUACGUCGGAGAAGAGACUAUCGGCACCGAUAUAUCCCGAUCUCGAUAUCGAUCACGAGGAGACCAAAUCGAUCGAGGAAGAGAACAAUUUACUUGGCGGUGAUAUGGACAGACUUAAUGGCAAAAUACCGACGAUACGCAGACAUACGAUCAGUGGUCGCAGACUUCGUGCAGACUCGGACUGCAGCCAGAAAUCUUUUAGAACGUGCAACAGGCGAAAUACAACGAGCAAGGAUCCCCAGAGACCAUUCUACAGAGAUGAUAUUUUUUAUGGAGGAUCUUUAAACAGAUUAGCGCACUACAAGUCUCAACUAUCCUCGGUUGGUUAUCAUAUGUCUGUGACACGAUUGCCAACGGCCACCGAUGUCGAAGAGGAAAAAAGCGGUAGCUGUUAUCUCUGUCCGGAGAGCGUGCGUCGAAUUUUGACGACUAUGCUCGAUCUCAGCCUUUUAAAGAGCCCUUCCUUCCUGAUCCUCGCCAUUUCCGGUGGGCUCACAAUGAUGGGCUUUUAUACACCUUUCAUCUAUCUUCCAGAUCGUGCCAAAAUGGCCGGAAUUGAGGCUUCAUCGGCUAUGUUUCUCGUUUCUGUCGUUGGUAUUGGAAAUACUAUAGGUCGUGUUGCAUGUGGCUUAGCAGGUAGUAUACCUGGCGUUGAUGCUCUCGUUGUUAAUAAUAUAUUUAUAAGCAUUGGUGGUUUAUUAACCAUGCUAUCUGGAUUAUCAUUGACCAAAGGAUAUCAAUUCUUUUACGCCGUCUGUUUUGGUCUCAGUAUAUCCGUGUUCGCAUCGCUGAGAUCGAUUCUCGUGGUAGAUCUUCUAGGGCUAGAGAAGCUGACGAACGCAUUUGGAUUGCUCCUACUGUUUCAAGGCGUGGCAGCGGCCGUAGGCGCGCCUCUUGCAGGAGCAUUUAAGGAUGCAACGGGUAGUUACGAUGCCUCAUUCUAUCUUUCUGGUAGUUUAAUCUUCCUUUCGGCUGCGAUCUGUUAUCCUUUGAAGAGGGUCAAUCAAUGGGAGAAGCGCAGAAACGAAAAUAAGGGCAGUGAUGACUCGUUAAAAUCCUGAUCGAAAGUGAAAGUACGGACUUCGUAUGUUAUGUGUGUGUGUGUGUGUGUGUGUGUAUGCGUAUAUAUAUAUAUAUAUAUGCAUAUAUACAGUAAAUUUAUACAGUAGAACCUUCAUUAUCGAAACAACGUUCUUUUGCAUGGAACGUUAAUUUUUUCUUUGUUAAAAAAAAAAAAAAAAAAAAAAAAAAAAGAGAAGAAAAAAGCGAAGAAAAAUUUUGGACGUUCCAAUUAAUCGACGAUCCAAAAUUAAUUCCUUUCUUCUUUUUUUUUUGCUUUUCUUUAUAUAUAUAAUUCUAUAUAUAUAAAGUAAAUAUAUAUUAUAUAUAUAUAUAAAAGACAAAAAAAAAAAAUAUAUAUAUAUAUAUAUAUAUAGAUAUGAAAUUUGUAUUUAUAAUAAUACAACAUAUUUUCGAGAAUAUGAAAAUCAUAUUAUUCGACAAUCGUAAUACAACGAAGAUAUUAAAUAUAUAUUGUAUAUGUAAUGUUUAAUAUAUUAAUUAAUAAUACGUAACAAUAUAAUAUUGAUAUGUAUAUUAUUAUUAUUAUUAUUAUUAUUAUUAUUAUUAUUAUUAUUAUUAUUAUUAUUAAAGAUUUAUACAGUGUUACGGCGUGUCGAAUAAUUUUAUUUUCGCCAAGUUCUUUGAUUUUUUUUCGAAGGACCUAAAUGCGUUUCGGAAUAAAACGAAAUGUAUACCUUCUUGAGCAUUUAUUGUUGAAAGAUUGAGUUCGUUGAAAGAUUUAUAUAAUUGUAGAAUAAUAUAUAUAUAUAUAUAUACAUAUAUGUAUAUAUUAUUAUUAUUAUUAUUAUUAUUAUUAUUAUUAUUAUUAAGAUAUUUAUGUACCUAAAUACUUGCUGCGUAAGCUCGAUGUCGCAAUAUAAUUAAUGUACAUAAAUUCAUAACUCGUUUAACAACGUCGUUUUCCGCCGUUUAUCUUUCUCUUACAACUAAGAGAUUAUUUUAUAUUAGCUCGGUUAUUAUUAAUUAGGGCAUAUGUACUUGUUUCAUUGUACAUAGAUACAAUUAACAAACGAGUAAAAUUCUCACGUUACCUUGUUAUACUCUUAUCCCAUUAUUUUAAUACAUAUACACUAUAUACAUAGACAUAUGCAUACACACACACAACAUAUACACACACACACACAUAUAUACAAAAGUUAAAUCAUUUUUUCUUUACGGAUUAUAUUAUACCAAAUGUUUCGUUUACAUUUUAACGAUUAGACGUUCUCAUUAUUAUGCAAUAUAAUAUUAUAUAAAUUACUUUGCAAUCAGAUUUAACUUGUAUUAUAUAUAGAUUUAUAUAUAUAUAUAUAUACAUAUAUGUUCUUUUUUUUUUUUUUUUUUUUUUUUUUUUUUUAGGUAGGAAAUAGAACCAUAGAACCGAGAUUGUAAUUUUUAAUGUUCCUAAACGUGUAAUAAACGUUCGCUAUCGCAUUUUAAUGAUCGAAGCUGAUCCUACGAUUCUGUUUAUUUGUAAACGUAAAUAAUAAUUUUGCCAUUAUAAUAUUAUUAUUAUUAUUAUUAUUAUUAUUAUUAUUAUUAUUAUUGUUAUUAUUAUGCUCGAAAUGAUAUCGGAUUUAUCUUUUUUUUCUGUUUUUCCUUUGCGUUAUACAAUUUUUUUUUAAAAGUACAUAUUUAAAGAAUACGACUCGAAGAGGAGGCAUUGUCCCUAUCGGGCAUUAAAGUAUAUAAAUGUUCAUUCGCAAACAUGUUCUAUGAAAAAUAUCGCUUCGAGAACGAAUAGAAUCGAUUGGAUCAAUAAAUAUUACAUGUAAAUGAUGUGCAGUAAAUUUAAAAGAUAUCAAUGAUAUAAUAUACCCGCCUUGUCGAUUUAUCUACGCGUAAUUACUUGAUAUGUGACGGCCGCACCCAAUCGAGAGAAAGAGCGGAAGAGUGGAAGAAGGAAAAAAGGAGAA